UGAUCAGUUGUGAGCCGCUCUGCUCUUCAGCGGCACAGUUUCGCCGUCAACUCUCGUCAGCGUGAGUGUCAAACGCGGCGCUCAAGAUGUUUUGCAUUCACUCGCUCCUCUUGUAAAAAAUAUUUUGCAAAAAUAAGAGAUGAAAUAUGGAUCUGCAGAGCACCACGUUGGCCAUUGAGUUCAGGCACCUGACCUAUACUGUCCGGCACAAACAACACUAUUUGCCAUGUUUUCCUAAAGGCGAGUCUGCAUCUACCAGGACGGAAAUCUUGCACAACAUUAGUGGCAAAUUUAAUGCUGGCGAGUUGACAGCGAUCUUGGGUCCGUCAGGCGCGGGGAAAACGUCGCUGUUGAAAAUCUUGGCAGGUUUUAGAACGUCUGGAGUGAAAGGAGAAAUUCUGAUCAAUGGCGAGAGGCGCGGGAUUCAGCACCGACGAUUGUGCUGUCUCAUUCCACAAGACGCUGCUUUGCUGGAAAACUUAACCCUCAGGGAAACCCUUCACGUGGCCGCCAAACUGAAACUGGGCAGCUCGCGCAAGAGUAGAGCUUUAAGAGCCAAUGCUAUUCGAGAAACGUGCAGAAUUUUGGGGCUGGAGGGCUGCAUGGACACUCAAGUGUGCUGCCUGUCAGGGGGCGAGCAAAAGAGACUGUCCUGCGCCGUUGAAUUAUUGUCCGACCCACCCCUCAUGUUCUUUGAUGAGCCGACAAGUGGAUUGGACUCUUUUUCAUCAAGUCAAGUACUGGCGCACUUGCGAAUUUUGGCCAGAGAAAGUCGGCGGAAUAUUGUGUGUUCCAUUCACCAGCCUAGCUCAAAAUUAUUCCAGUCAUUUGAUUCCAUUUAUGUGCUCUCUGAGGGUCACUGUCUCAUCAAAGGGUCAAGGGAGUUGAUGGUCCAAAAUCUGGCCAACAUGAAUUUCUACUGCCCUCAAUUUUACAAUCCAGCUGAUUACGUUCUCGAAGUUGCUGCCGGAGAGAGGGGUGACAUUUCUGCACUGAUCGGCAAGGCCUGUGAGGCGCUGCCGCGGAUUGAAAAUGUUUCUGCCAAAGAGACUAGUUUUAUGCUUCCCAACUUGGAGACUGAUUGUGAGAAAACUGAGAAUGACACCUUCCUGAGCUUAGGCCCCAAAGCCCCCAAGCAUGUCUGCACCCUGGGGCAGCAGUUCCUGAUUCUUUUCUCAAGAGCACUUUUGACCACAUUUAAGGAUUUGCAUAUGGCUUGGUUGAGAUCGGCAGCCCAUGUGAUCAUCGGAGUAAUGCUCGGCUUCGUCUUUUACAAUAUCGGAAAUGACGGCGCCAAAGUCACUGGAAAUGUGGGCCUUAUCUUUUUCAUGAUGCUCUUCCUAUUCUUCUCCAACGCAAUGCCCACUGUGCUCACUUUCCCCUCAGAAAUGUCUGUGAUGUUGCGAGAGCACCUGAAUGGCUGGUAUUCCAUCAAGGCGUACUAUUUGGCCAGGUCAAUUGCUGACAUUCCUUUACAAAUCAUGUGCCCUACUAUAUUUUUGCUGAUUUCCUACUACUUGUCAAACCAGCCAAUGGAGUUCCACAGGUUUGCCCAUUUGUGGUUGGUUGGGAUUCUUUUAACCCUUUUGGCCCAAUCCUUGGGGCUCUUCGUUGGGGCUGCGUCCGACGUCAAGAUGGGUAUAUUCCUGGUGCCUGUGAUUUCCAUCCCGAUGCUGCUUUUCUCUGGCUACUUUGUCCCCGUGGCCGACAUACCUGUAGCGCUCAGGUGGCUGUCGCAUUUGAGCGUGUUUUAUUACGCUUUCGAAGCUUGUUUGACUGCCAUGUAUGGAUUUGAGAGAGCGCGAUUGGAAUGCAGUCGGGACUAUUGCCACUACAUGUCUCCUAAAAAAAUCAUGAUUGACCUCAACGUCAAAGAGGAGAAUUACGCCAGCUGCAUUUGUGCCCUUGUUGGAUACAUUUUGGCGCUCAGGGUGCUGCUGUACUUGACGUUGAAGCUCCGAGUCAUAUUAUCAAAAUGAUUUACUGUUACUUUUUAUAAUUUCCAAAGGAUAAACUAGUGAUUUAAAUUUAUUUCUUGAUGCAGCAAUAAUGUUAUACAAAUUUUAUAAAAUGUGAUAUUUAAUGUAACAUUUUUAAUUUUUAUAUGAUGAGCCCAGAUGAACAAAUGAACUAAUGCAAAAUUUCUAUCUUUAGUGCAACAACUUAUUAUUUCACAGUUUCCUAAAACAGUGCGCGAAUUUUUAUAAAUAUUAAUAAUGUUUUUUAAAUAAAACAGGUAUAUUAAUAAGAAUAAU